AUGGCGACAGAAACGGUGGCUAGGACAAGGGUAAGACCAGACAAACGUGAAAACCUGGCUCCCGAGAGUGUCCGGUUUAUGCAAGCAUGUAACGACAUCGCCCGAGCCUUGAUCCAAGAGUAUGAGGCCAGUCUCGAUGACAGCAAGCCGAAGAAGGACAUCAACCUCAACCGACUGCGAGGAGAUGUCGCACGAAAACACAAGCUCAGCAACCAGCCGCCGCUGACGGGUAUACUCUCCGCUGUACCCGAGAAUUACAAAAAGGCUCUUUUGCCCAAACUCAUCGCAAAGCCGGUACGGAGUGCAAGUGGGAUAGUUGUGGUUGCGGUGAUGAGUAAACCACAUCGUUGUCCGCAUAUUGCAUGGACAGGUCACGCCUGUGUUUAUUGCCCAGGAGGUCCCGACUCCGACUUUGAAUACUCGACACAGUCUUACACUGGAUACGAACCAACCUCGAUGCGAGCGAUCCGAGCACGAUAUGAUCCAUUUGAACAGGCGCGAGGCAGAAUCGAUCAGCUAAAGUCUCUCGGACACAGUGUGGACAAGGUCGAAUUCAUCCUCAUGGGAGGCACAUUCAUGUCCCUUGACAAGGCCUAUCGUGAUAACUUUGUUGCUCAACUCCAUAAUGCCUUGUCUGGAUAUCAAACCGAAAACGUUGACGAAGCAGUCGCCGCUGGUGAAAUGUCCACUAUCAAAUGUGUAGGUUUGACAAUCGAAACACGUCCGGAUUUUGGCCAGAUCGACCACCUCUCAGAUAUGCUUAGGUACGGCUGCACCCGGCUUGAGCUUGGAGUCCAGUCGCUGUAUGAAGACGUCGCAAGAGACUCCAACAGAGGGCACACUGUGGCGGCAGUUGUGGAAUCUUUCAAAUUCUGCAAAGAUGCUGGCUUCAAAGUCGUCUCCCACAUGAUGCCCGAUCUACCCAAUGUUGGCAUGGAGCGUGAUAUUUUCCAGUUUGAAGAAUAUUUUGAGAACCCAGACUUCAGAACGGAUGGGUUGAAGAUAUAUCCUACCCUGGUUAUCAGAGGCACGGGUCUCUACGAGCUUUGGCGGACAGGUCGUUUCAAAAACUAUACUCCGAAUGCGCUGGUCGACCUCGUAGCGAGGAUCUUGGCGCUUGUCCCACCAUGGACCAGAAUCUACAGAGUGCAACGAGAUAUUCCCAUGCCACUGGUCACCUCAGGCGUUGAGAACGGUAACCUCAGAGAACUGGCGCUCUCACGGAUGAAAGAUUUUGGCACCACCUGCCGAGAUAUCCGAACUCGUGAAGUCGGUAUUAACGAAGUGAAGAACAAAAUACGACCGUCGCAGGUGGAACUUGUCCGGCGGGACUAUAUGGCUAAUGAUGGCUGGGAGACAUUCCUCGCCUACGAAGAUCCCAAGCAGGACAUUCUCAUCGGUAUGCUGAGGUUGCGGAAAUGCACUGCCGAAUACACUUUCAGACCAGAACUCACCGGGCAACCAACAAGUAUUGUUCGCGAACUCCAUGUUUAUGGUCUUGCCGUACCUAUCCAUGGACGUGAAAAGAGCAGGUUUCAGCAUCAAGGGUACGGUACCCUGCUGAUGAAAGAAGCUGAACGCAUCGCCAGAGACGAGCAUGGCAGCGAGAAGCUCAGCGUCAUCAGCGGUGUGGGCGUGAGAAGUUACUAUGAGCGCCUUGGUUAUUCGCUGGAUGGACCCUAUAUGAGCAAGAUCCUCAGUUUUGAUGACGACGAGCCUGAAGUCUGA